CGAUUUUGUUCAUGCCCUUUCUUAUCAGUACUCAACAGAUAUACACUUGUUUUUUUUGUAAUUCUCAGAAGCAAGAGGCAUCAUGAAUUCAACCCCAGCGGCAGAAACAAAGAACCACACUAUGAGUCAGACAUUGAGUCCAUCAUCCUGCAGGGAUGCAGUGUGUAUUUUCUACGCAGUAGCAGAAGUGAUCAUCUGUGUCCUGGGUAUUGCUGGAAAUGGUUUGGUGAUCUGGAUUGCAGGAAUUAAGGUGAAGAAGUCAGUCGUCAGCACCUGGUACCUGAGUCUAGCUGUGUCUGACUUCAUAUUCUGCUCCACUCUGCCUUUCAUUGUCGUCUAUGUGGUCAAUAAAGACUGGCCUUUUGCGUUUUUUAUGUGCAAGUUCAGGUAUUUCAUGUUGUGGCUCAACAUGUACAGCAGCAUCUUCCUCCUCGUCAUCAUCAGUGUGGACCGCUGUGUGCUUCUUAUGUUUCCUGUGUGGGCUCGGAACAAGCGCACCAUAAGAAAGGCCACAGUGAUAGUUGUGCUCGCUUGGAUCAUUGCAGCAGUGUGUAGCACACCAUCGGCUGUUUUCAGAGACAUUCGUCAUUCUACCUACAAGCAGCAAACAACGUGCAUCCACAAAUAUAGUUAUAUGAAAAAUUAUAUUGCCACUGUAACAUGCCGAUUUGUUUCUUCAUUUUUGAUCCCAUUUCUGAUCAUUUUCAUCUGUUAUGUUCUCAUCAUUAGAAAGCUGUUCAACCAGAGGGUGAGGUACAAAAAGCCCUUGAAGAUCAUGACUGUGCUGAUUUUUGCUUUCUUGAUCUGCUGGCUACCAUUUCACACUGUUCUUUUGAUUAAAGUACAUAAAAAGUAUGUAUCAAUAACCAUACAGCACUUUAGUUUCAUUCUUGUCAGUGCCAACAGCUGCCUGAACCCAUUUCUUUACGCAUUCAUGGGGAAAGAUGUUAAGGAGCAAUGUUACGCCUUUCGAUCAAAGAUUGAGAACGCAAUCAAGGAGGAGGAGGACCAGAACGCCAACCGAGGGACAGCUGUUACUGCCUCUGGUGAAUUUAAUUAGCAUCAAAAAAGACUCAAAAAAAUGUUCAGUUAUUUUUUCUUUUAA